AUGGCAACCUCUAUACCAUUACCCUUCCAAGCUCAGAUCCCCGUCACUCCGCCGCCAGACUUCCAAAUGUUCAUGAAGGGGCCAACGCCGCCACCGCCUCAUACUACCACGCCAUUCCCGAACCCUUUCUCGCCUCUGGCAGCCCAUCAUCCCAACCACGUCGCGGCUGCCGCCGCCGCCGCAGCAUAUUUCCAUCAUCCCCCUCAUCAAGAAAAGUCGACGUUUUCUUCUCCUCAUCCGUCACCCCUCCAGCCUCAGACGACGCAGAAGCAAACCACGCCUCAGCAGAGACAACCUUCUCCUCACCCAGGUCCCCAGCCAUCCCCGACAGCAUGCCCUUGCGCAGCCGCAGCAGCCGCCGCCUCUUCACAAAACCCCCAAGCCGCCUCCUGCUCAACCUCUAAACCCCCACCGCCCUCGCCCCUCGGCCCAGACCCCGCCAGUAACACAACCAUGGACCCCUCCGCGGCGGCAGCAGCAGCCGCCGCCGCUGCCACAGCCGUUGACCCCCGCUACAUCGCUAUGGCCUCCCGCAUCGCAAGCUACUACCAGCAGCGGUGCCAGGCGGUUGCCAACUUCCAGCAACAGCGGUGCCAGGCUUGGGCCAACGCUCAGCGCCAAAAGUGCCAGGAGAUGAUGCAGGCCGCGACGGUCAUCGUGGCGUGGUACAUCCGUGACCGCAUCCAGCGCAAGCGGCGGAAGCAGAGGAAAGCGUUUAAACGGGGGUUGGCACAGCGGGCGAGGGAGGCGAUCCGCGAGAGGGAGAGUGGACGCGGGAUGAGUAAGGGGGAGAGGGUGAGACGGUGGGUGAUGAGUGUACCGACUGGGGAGGAGAAUGCGUCACAGGCGGGGAGCGCGGCGGCUAGGAGGAGCCCGGAGCUGCCUGCGGAUCAGGAGGAAAGGGAGUUUGAUAUUGAUCGGGAAAGGGGGGAGGAUAAGGAUAGUCAGUUGUAUAAUGUGGCGGAUAACUUGAUUAAGAGUCAUCUGGCGCGGAUUGAUGUGCCGCUGUUGGGGGUGCUGUCGUUUGAUCCGGAGAGCGAGAGCAGCGAUAGUGAGGAGAGCGAUUAUGAGCUGAUGGAUUAUGAGGAUGAGCCAGAGCUGGGAGAAGAAGAUCCGGGGGAGGAAGAGGAGGAGGAGGAUGAUGAUGAUGAGGAGGAGGAAUAUGACGAUGAGGAUGACGCGGAGGACGAUGAUGGGUAUAAUGAUUAUGAUGACUACUACGAGGACCAACGCCGAGGCCGCGGUGCUGGCAGAGAUGGGAAGGCUGAUGAGACUGCCUCUAAGGCGGCUCAGAUCGGCACGACGAAGGGUAGCCGCAAGCGGUCGCGGAGUUCGGUUUCAUGA